ACCGUCGAUUCCUUCCGGUUUGGUUUGUCCAAUGUCAAUGGAGUCCGCGUCUUCUUCUCCAUCCUCCACCUUCGUCGGCUUCGAGUAUCUUGUUGUUCGUCCUGUUCUCGCCGUAGUUUUCGUCCUUUCCUUCAUCUCACUAUGGUGGUGGUUAGCGUGGAAGCUGGUGCUGGUUCACGUUCCGCUGGUUCAAGAGAUAUUUGGACUGCGGAAGAAGCCCGCCAAACCUAAGCCGCAGACGAGACGAUUUUUCAGAUUCUAUGACAGAAUCAACGCCCAUAAUUGGGCUUCCCAAUGGUAAUUUGAUUUCUGGAGAAGAGAGUUGGAGUCUGAUUCUUCCUUGGUGGUUUGUGAAAGAAAUCAUUUUUGAUGGUUGGAAGUGUGUUAUUCAGUAUAAUGAGAUGGUUUGUAAUUUUGUUGAGGGUUUUGCCACUAACUCUUUUUGUUAUAUAGUUUGUUUUUCUCUGGUGGUUUUGUCAGGAAUCUGUCUCCUCUUGUUUAAUUGCUUAAUGCAUGAUAACUUGUUAGAGGAGCUGUACUGAACUUGAAUAAUCUGAAGCAGAAUUGGAAAUGUUCUAUUCCUAUCUUGCUUCUAUAAUGAUUCAUCUUGAAUCAACACAUCUAAAAUCU